CGGAGCAGAGAUCAGCAGUGGCCUCUCGGGAUAUCUGUGACAACAGAGACCCUCAGCAGAAAUGAACGCCAGCCCCCCUGCAGGAAGCGCCCUGGCCCCCGGCGGAGCCACCGGCCCCACCACACCCAAGAAGGGCCCACCCAAGUUCAAGCAGAGGCAGACUCGUACAUUCAAGAGCAAGGCCCCCAAGCCCGGCCAGAAGGGCUUCGGUGACGACAUCCCCGGCAUGGAGGGUCUCGGCACAGACAUCACCGUGGUGUGCCCAUGGGAGGCCUUCGGCGACAUGGAGCUCAGCGACUUGGCCAAAUACGGCAUCAUCUAAAGCUGCUGCCUCCUGCCUUCCCCGCCUGCCUGCUCCUCUCCUCUCUCUAAUCCUCUCCGCCCGGCCUUCUCUCCACCUCAGCUCGGCACGCCGCGAUAAGGCUGCCGGCAGACCCACUAAUGCCCUCUCGUCUAUCUACCUCAGGCUGCCCUCCACUGAGUGGACGGGCGGCGUAAUCAUGUGCUUAUGUUAUUAUUAUUAUUAUUAUUAUAUGAUACUGUUUA